AGGGAGCCGCGCGCUCCGCCUCCGUUCAGUCGGGCUGCCGGAGCGCAAAUCGACUGGAAAGAGUGCUCGUCAUCCUACGCUGCGGGAAAACCAAGCAUCCCAUGCCCCCACGUGACCAUGGACCACUGGAGAACUUCCCCUUAGCUGUUUUUUUCUCCGGUUACCCACCUGCAGCCCCUGCUACCUGCACCACCUUGCCACGAUGGUCAGCCGACUGAGGAACUGUGCCCCCCUUUUCCGGUUCUGCCAGAAGUUGAACAGGGUCAAAACUCUGCAAGAUGAUAUGAUGGAGACCUCCCUGAAGAGAUGCCUGACGACUGUGGAUCUGGCCCUGCUGGGGGUGGGGGGCAUGGUGGGCUCGGGGUUGUACGUGCUGACGGGCACGGUGGCCAAACAGACGGCGGGACCAGCUGUGGUGAUUUCGUUCCUCAUCGCUGGCCUGGCUUCUCUGCUUGCUGCUUUCUGCUAUGCGGAGUUUGGGGCUCGGGUGCCAAGGACUGGCUCCGCCUACAUGUUUACAUACGUUUCUGUUGGAGAGAUAUGGGCUUUCCUGAUUGGUUGGAAUGUCAUUUUGGAGUACAUGAUUGGUGGAGCCGCUGUGGCCAGAGCCUGGAGCGGCUACUUGGACUCCAUUUUUAAUCACUCUAUUAAAAAUUUCACGGAGACACACAUCAUCCAGUGGAACGCCCCUUUCAUUGCCCAUUACCCCGAUCUUUUGGCAGCUGGCAUACUUUUGGUAGCCACUGCUUUUAUUUCAUUUGGCGCCAAAGUGUCCUCCUGGCUCAACCACUUGUUCUCGGCCAUCAGCCUGGCCAUCAUCCUUUUCAUCCUCAUCUUCGGAUUCAUCCUAGCCGAACCUGCCAAUUGGAGCAAGGCGCAAGGGGGCUUUGCACCGUAUGGCAUGUCUGGGAUCCUGGCGGGCACUGCCACCUGCUUCUAUGCGUUUGUCGGGUUUGAUGUGAUCUCAGCAUCCAGCGAAGAGGCCAAGAAUCCUCAGAAAGCAGUGCCCAUAGCAACAGCCAUCUCCUUGGCCCUGGCUGCCUCCGCCUACAUCCUGGUGUCCACCGUGCUGACCCUGAUUGUGCCCUGGCACUCCCUGGACCCCGAGUCUGCUCUGUCAGAUGCCUUCUACCGGCGAGGCUAUAGCUGGGCAGGCUUCAUUGUGGCCAUCGGCUCCAUCUGUGCCAUGAACACCGUCCUCUUGAGCAACCUCUUCUCCCUGCCACGCAUCGUCUACGCCAUGGCGGAAGAUGGCCUAUUCUUCAAAGUGUUCGCCCGGGUGAACCCUGUCACUAAGGUGCCGGUCAUUGCCAUCAUCGUGUUUGGGAUCCUCAUGGCCAUCCUUGCGCUGGUCUUUGACCUCGAGGCUUUGGUCCAGUUCCUCUCCAUAGGAACUCUGCUGGCUUACACAUUUGUGGCAGCCAGUGUCAUUGUCCUCCGCUUCCAAGCACAAAAAACCCGAAGCUCCCCAAGUGGCCAGCCCCCUGGCAGCCCCUCGGCUCGGGAGUGUGACGAACCCAAGGAGUACGAGUCCUUUUCCGACAAGCUUCAACUAGUGGAGCUGCAGAAGAAAGCCAAAGAGCGCAGGGAGCCCGGCCAGCUGAAGGCCGCCUUUGAACCUUACCUCAAAUUCCUAACAGACUUUGAACCAGGGGAGGUGGUGACCAUCUCCGUGGUGGCCAUGAUGGUGUGCGCCAUCUGUCUAUGUGCUGUCCUUGUAUUUGGCAAUGGGCAGCUUCACCUGCCUUCCUGGAGUUUCAUUCUGCUGACCAUUUUGUCUGCGUCUGGCUUUCUGGCCAGCCUUUUCUUUAUUUGGGUCCACGAGCAGCAGCCAAACCUCAAGACCUUUCAGGUUCCUCUUGUGCCCUUCAUUCCCGGCUUUAGUAUCCUCAUGAAUGUGUUCCUCAUGUUAAAACUGAGCUCGAUGACCUGGAUACGCUUCUCUGUCUGGCUGGUGGUAGGUCUGCUGGUGUAUUUCGGCUAUGGAGUCUGGCACAGCAAGGAGAAUUUGCAGGAGCCCAAACCUUGCAACGUAGCCGCCCGCUACGUGGUGCUGCCCAGCGGGAGCCUGGUAGAGACCGUCCAAGCCGUCCAGCCGGACCCACAAGAUGCCAUGGGGCAAGUGGAGACCCCCGAAGAUAAUCACGAAAAGAGAUGAGGAGCCAAUCUACUCCCCAAAUGUUCACUUUUUCCACUCUCAUUUUAUUCUCUCUCUGUCGUCCAUCCGCCCCCCCCCCCCCCCCGAAGGGUCACAAAGCAGAAAUACAAUUUGGGGGCCCCAUGCCCUACCAGUGUGCCGACAUCCAGCUUUCCCAGGUGCCCGGCGUCGAAGUCAGUGAUGCAAGGAAGGACAAAUCCCAUUCUGAAAAUUGGCAAAUUGGUUUGGGGUCAGCGAGGGUCCCGGCCUGAGGUCAUUCUGCCAAUUUAAUGACCUCGAAGUUAUUUAUUCUCUUUGUGUAAAUGUGUUAGGACCGUACUUUAAGCUUUUCUUUUUUGGGCUGUUUAAUAAGAAAGCCAAGUCCAGUGACAUUUUGGCGCCUCCACUCUUUUAUUGCUGCCAUCCUUCUGUGUUUCGUUCCUGACAAGGAAAGAUUUGUGAUUGAAUAUUUGGAGCAGAUUAUGUCUGCUAAUGAGGGCUUCAUCUUUAAUUACAUCCUUCACUAAAUUGUGCGUACCGUUCUGCUUUUAAGAGACGGGCAUGUCCACGUUAAGAAACAAAUGAUCACCCGCCAUGUUCUAAAAUAACGCUAAGCCCUUAAAAUCAGACUUCCAGCUUGGAUGAAACUUACAAUUGGCAUUGCCAUCAAAGAAAGCUUGAAAUUUCUUUAAUGAAGGUCCACCGCUAAGACUUUGGUGGGAAAUGAGUAAAGAUGUGAUAGAGAGUGGGGCGAGAAGUGGCGGCCAGUGAUGCAUUGGUAAAUCCAGUCGUCAUGUUGGAGAGCCCCCCGCGAGGCUACUUUUAAGGUUGCCAUUAUUCAUUUUCCAAUCUAGUUCAGUGUGCUUGUGCAAGCCCUCCAUGGUGGCGCACGGUGGCACAACCUGUGAUGCCAGUGACCGAACGGAAGGACUUGUUAUAGGAGCGAUUAUUUACCUGUGUUGUUUUGUGCAUUUUUCCUGUCAUAUCUGAUCAUUCUAAUUGUUGUCGGUUCAGUUCAAGCUGGAAAAGUCUUCUCCACACGCAAGUAGAUGGUCCUUUCAUUUUUUGUCCCCUCUCACUUACUAGCUGGCAUGAAAAUGUUAAGAAUUACAGUAACAGUUCGCAAGGCCGGCACGUUCUUCCAAGAUCAACUGACCCAUUUUCUUAAGGCGCUUGACUGCCGUAGUGUUUCAGGAGGUCCUCGCAUAUCCCAGUAGUUCUGGCUCAGGACCAGCAUGAACGUCGUUCAGAUGUUUGAGAGAAACCCACUCAAAUGUAAGGAGAACAUACACUUUGUACACAAGCAGUGCAUAGGAGAGCCCAGGACACCAUAGCUACACCUCCCGGCUGCCAACUUGGCCAACAGAAGUGCAGCUUUCCAAUCUUUGCGCCUUUCCUUUUCGUUUACUUUCCUCUGAUCCUGAGCCAGAUGGCAUGGUGGCACAGGUCAUUUGCAUCUCAGGUCCUUGUGUGGAGCUGGCAUGGCUGUGUGGGUCUCCCCCAAAGACAUGCAGGUCAGGAUGAUUGGUGACGGUAAAUUGGGUCGUGUGUGUGUGUGUGUGUUUGCCCUGUGAUGGACUUGGUGUCCUGUGCAGGGUUUGUUCCUGCCUUGUGCCCUGUGCUGGCUGGGAUCAGCUCCAGCAGCCCUGUUUCUGGACUGACCCUACAGCUCAAGCUACACUGGACUCCGAUGGGGGGCUCCCUUCACUGGAGGUUGAUCCACUCAGAAAAGGCGAGUAGUGAGCUGCGUUCCAUUUUCCUGCGUCCAUACUCUUCACCUGAUCUAAGUUAGUCCCACAUAAGCUGAGUAGUUGAGACAUAAAUACAAGGGGCGUUCAAAAAGUUUCCACAUUUUUAUAGUUUCGCUGGAGUAGGCAUUGGGCAUUAAAAAGUUGGUACGACGCUGGGAAAAUUUCAGGUGACCGUGCAGAAAAGUGAUGUCAUUUGUUUUUGAAAUUAAGAGUGUGGAAACGAUUUGAACGUCCCUCGUAUUUACAUUAGGUAUAUUCUCAAGGACCCUGAAAAUGUCAGGUGGGGACAUUAAUCAUCCUACAGAAACGGGUACACCAAACGUUCAGAUCGUGUUGAGACAUUACCAGCCGACUCACAAACUUGUCCUACCACCAAAGUGUUCGCUUGUCGUUCAUGUUAGAUCAGAAACUGGUCGGACUAAAUCUGAUCAUAGCAUCCCUGACUCCAGAACAUGGUUGUGAUUUAAUUUUAAUGAGAAUGGGCCUUAGGGUGUCACACGUCCAACAUCUGGAGCUGGGGCCAGACGUCAUCUUCCAAGCCUGCUUGUUUCACCACAUUGUCUUGUAGAUGUGGGAGGGAACCCCCUAAAUAUAGCAUUGGCACUGCAAAGCAAAGUUCUCUUUCGUCCCCUCCAUCACAAGCAAGUCCACUCUGUAUGUUUUGUGGAAGGCAACCCAAACAGCUGAGAGACCAGAAGACAUCUGGGAGAAGCUUGGAGUGACCGACCCAAUUGAGGGAUCUGAUAUGGAUGCCCCUCUGUGGAGGUUUCACGGGCACGACCAGUGGUGAGGAAACCCCCAGGGCUUUGCUGGAAGGAUUUUAUCUCCCGGAAUGGCCUGGGAACACCUUGGGAUCCCCCAAGUAGGAGUUGUGUGUGUCUAUGGGAUGUGGGAGGAAAACUGCCUUUCACGAAGCAAGAGUCACAAGCCCCAUUCUUUUCCCGUCAAUGGUGAAAGCCCCAAAUCCUAGUCUGGGCACUGUGGCAGCCGUCACCAUAAAGAAGUGUUUGUGCCCUCUGUGGGUGCUCAGGCUCAGGGAAUAAACUGGGCGAACGUUUGCUUAAACACGAUAUGGGGGUACUCUUUACUUUGUUGUCUCACUUUAUUUCUCGGAGUCUCGUGGUGGAGACUAUUCUCCACACACUCGAGCAAAUUUAAUGUCGCCAGUUCACCUAACUGGACCGUGAAAGGAAACCCAUGAGGGAGGACCCGGAACACGAACCCCGCCGUGACGCCCUAACUCUCUUUAUUUUAUACAGUCUAAUAAUAUUUUGCUAAACGCCCCCCUCGGGACCUACGUGUCUAUGUACUGCGUGUACCUGAGUGGUGACACGUCGGCCGGACAUGCAAAUUAAGAUGUCCUCGGAAUGUGAUGUGACAAUACUCACCCUACGUUCUGAACACUUUACAAAUGCAGAAUUUGAAUCUAGUUGGACCCUCAGCUUGAUAAGCAAAUCGGGAAAUGGCUUGACGGGCAUGCUGUGGUGUUUUUUGUCCCAGCUCCAUCUGCAACUAGCCCGAAAUCAACCGGCGCCCAUUGAACGUUCACUUAUUUAUUUUUAGAUUAACGACGUUUUUCCGUGUCGUCUUCCUCUCCUUAUAAUAAACUCUAUUGAGCGUCCAGAGCACUCAGUCACUGGGUGUAAAUGGCCGGACACUUUUUAUACUUUCAAAGGGCUGACUUUUGAUUUGAAACCUUUACUGCGUAUUAUUUAGUGUUUAGCGUUUCCCUCCCUGAAUCUGAGUGUCGGCACUAAAAUGGUAGGUGGCUCAUUUCAUUUCUUAACAUGAGCUCAAUGCACUAAAAACAAGAGACCUCUCAUAUCCCCCAGCACUUCGCUAAAAGGCAACAAAAAAAAAUGGAAGUACUCCUCACUCUGGCCGCACACAACACAAGCACAAGUUAGCACAGAGGGGUAAGGAUGAUGGUGCGGUCCACUUCAGCGCCCACACACCUCUAACACUGCUGACCAAUGGCCGGUCAUGGAAGUUUCAAACGUGCGCUCGAUGAUUUUUAUAAAAUAAUUUGGAGUCUGCGCAGCGGUGCGUGUUGAGUAAGAAUGUCGCCGUCCUCUGCACGUGGGACAGCAGUGACCCUACGGUGCAUGUCAAAGUGAACUUUAUUGUCAUCUCAGCCAUAUACAAGUAUACAGAUAGACGAAAUUGUGAAGCUCAGGGUCCACAGUGUAACAACAUGACGUGCAAAUAAUAAAUUAAAAAUCGAAUUAAAAUCCAUCCAUCCAUUUUCCAACCCGCUGAAUCCGAACACAGGGUCACGGGGGGUCUGCUGGAGCCAAUCCCAGCCAACACAGGGCACAAGGCAGGGAACCAAUCCUGGGCAGGGUGCCAACCCACUGCAGAGAAUUAAAAUUAAAACGCAAACAAGACAAGACCUUGUGCAAAGAAUGGCUGCUGCCUCACAGCUCCAGAGUCACCUGUAGGAAUGGCAGGCCCUGGCGCCUGUCUGUGUGGCCUCUCUCUGUGUUCUCUCCAUUUUAGGUGGAGUGGUGGCUCUGAGGUUUGGGAUCUGCACUGCCAGUCGGAAGGUUGCUGGUUCGAAUCCCGUAAAAUGCCAAUUGGGACUCCGCUUUGUUGGGCCCUCAACCUGCAAUUGCUGAACGCUUUGAGUAGUGAGAAAAGCGCUAUAUACGUAAAUGCAAAGAAUUAUUAUUAUUACCUGACCAGACUUUUUCUCCAGGUACCGAUGGUGCCCCUUCCAUAGCUGCUAUUUGCCUUGUGCUCAGUCCUACCAGCUCUUAUCUGGACGUAUGGAUAUGAAAAUGAAUGCUUGGGUACGAAUGCGCAAUAUGGUUAGGCAUUAGGGUUACAGAGAAUACUGCCCCCUGGAGGGCAGAAAAUGCACUGGCACGCUUAUCUAUGAAAAUAAUAAUAAUUCAUUACAUUUAUAUAGCGCUUUUCUCAGUACUCAAAGUGCUAGCCACACAGGGAGGAACCGGGAAGUGAACCCACAAUCUUCCACAGUCUCCUUACUGCAGCAGCACUGCCACUGUGCCACCUGUGAGGACUUAAAAAUAGUAGAAUUGGUAAAAUGGUAGCUAUUUACUAAUUCUGCGUCAACACUUUACCCCAGGUUAUAGGAGCCUAUAAAAUACUCAAAGUCAAAGAGAACUUUAUUGUCAUCUCAACCAUAUACAAGUAUACAGACAGACGAAAUUGUGAAGUUCAGGGUCCACAGUUGUAACAACAUCCAUCCAUUAUCCAGCCUGCUGAAUCCUAACACAGGGUCACGGGGGUCUGCUGGAGCCAAUCCCAGCCAACACAGGGCACAAGGCAGGAACAAAUCCCGGGCAGGGUGCCAACCCGUGUAACAACAUGACGUGCAAAUAAUAAAUUAAAAAUUAAAACACAAACAAGACAAGACAAAGAAGUAGCAGCAAUAUUGACGUGUAGUUAGCAAUAUGAACAUUGAUGCAAUGUAUGGUAUUUGCAAUCUAGAUACACAAAUAUAGCCAAUACAUAUGUAAUAUAAUAAAUAAUAGAUACUUUAUUAAUCCUCCAACAGCAGCAUACUGAUAAUAACAAUAUUAAAUUAAAGAGUGAUAACAAUGCAGGUAUAAUAGACAAUAACUAUAUAUAAUGUUAACGUUUACCCCCCCUGGGUGGAACUGAAGAGUCACAUAGUUUGGUGGAGGACCGAUCUCCUCAGUCUGUCAGUGGAGCAGGAUGGUGACAGCAGUCUGUCGCUGAAGCUGCUCCUCUGUCUGGAGAUGAUCCUGUUCAGUGGAUACAGUGGAUUCUCCAUGAUUAACAGGAGUCUGCUCAGCGCCCGUCACUCUGCCACAGAUGUCAAACUGUCCAGCUCCAUGCCUACAAUAGAGCUUGCCUUCCUCACCAGUUUGUCCAGGCGUGAGGUGUCCCUCUUCUUUAUGCUGCCUCCCCAGCACACCACCGCCUAGAAGAGGGCGCUCGCCACAACCGUCUGGUAGAACAUCUGCAGCAUCUUAUUGCAGAUGUUGAAGGACGCCAGCCUUCUAAGGAAGUAUAGUCGGCUCUGUCCUCUCUUGCACAGAUCAUCAGUAUUGGCAGUCCAGUCCAAUUUAUCAUCCAAAUAAUAGAUAUAGAGAAUACAGAAGUGAUCAGUGUAUGAUGAUAGUUGUUUAAGACGUGUAGACAAUGACAGGUCAGAAUGUUUCACAGCAGAAGGUUAUCACGAAUCCUUAAAGGUCACUAUGAGAUUUUCAGUUCUUCUCUACCCGCACACUCGUCUUUACAGGACAGUGGCUCGCAUGUAUAAACGUUCUGUUUUUAGCGGAGGUUGAGGACGUGUGUGAAGAUCCCAGGGGGCAGCCUGGUGUUAAGGAGUCUAACAGCUUGGGGAUAAAAACUCUCCUGCAGCCUGGCAGAUCUGGCUGUGAUGCUGCAGUAUCUUCUCUUGAAGUGUGAAAGUCCGUGUGAGGGGUGUAAGGGGGUCUUGCUCAAUGCUGCAGGCCUUGCGGACACUGCGUUUAUAAAAUAUGUCCUGUACUGAAACAUCCUCAAACAUUGCCUAAAAACCUCUUCAAAUAUAUUUAUACCAGUAAUGGCGUACUGCAUGAUAUCGUGCAGCGAAUCCACUUGACUUGAGCGUUCCUAGUUUUCCUGCUCUUUCUCUGUACGUUUGCUGUUUCCUGAGCAGCUCUUCUCUUCUCCACCCUAGCGGCCCACUUCUUCUCUUCGUUCGUCGGCAUCUUUUCACGUUAAAACUGAUCAAGUCAGCGAUUGUGUUGCAGUUACUCAGUACGUUUUCUUUAAUUUUUCACUUAAGUCUUCAAUCUGCCUCAAGAAUGAUUUAAGACAUGAAGAGGUAGGGGAAGGUGACAGCGAAGGUGGUAGGGAUGAGAACGGCGGCCAAACACAUGCGCCACACUGCCGCCCUGCUGGCCGAGAGUUGAUUCUACAAUAAAAUAAAACGAGGAAUAACCUUGGGGGUCAAUCAUCACCCCCAGAUGUCAACAAAAUUCAGGUCAGCACGUCAAACGGUUUACGAGCUACAGGUGAUUUAAAAUCCUGGACAGGCAAACGGACAGCCACGGUAGCGUAUUAUAUAUAAAGAUAGAUAUUACUUUUAAAAGAACGGUGCAAAAUUUGCAUAAAUAAAUACGUAAAACUGCAAAAUGAAGACAGUUAAAAACAUUUUUUUUUUCUAAAAAUAAUUAUGAAGUCUUAAGUCCUGAAAUUCAAAAAUAAGUUUGCAAGUUAUUAGAGAAGCCUAAAAGUACGAGUGCAUAUUAGGGUUAUAGAAAUUUAAAGUAAGGGUUCUAGGGGUACUAUUUUAAGUUUAGGGACUCUAAAAACUUUAAAAGAGGACAACAUUUUUAAGAUUAGGCACCUAAUCUAAUUUUAACAUCGGGGGCUCCUAGGUAACCUGGCCGUACCCCUUAAGUUCAGGGACAGGUGACGAUUAACUUAAUGUUUGUACCCGAUUAUUCGUCAGCACAUGGCACCAUCGCAAGCGGAGAUUUGCCUUUUGUUGUCACCCUGUAAUAGAACUGUGGUGGGAAUUUAAAAAAAUCCUUAACCUGUUAAGGCAGCUGUCAUAAGAUCCAAUUGUCCACUUCAUCCAUGUACUGAAUCUGCGUCUCCCACUUCAGACUAACCUGGGCACAAGGGGGCACGGGGCACCAGUUAACUAGGGGACACAUCCGCAGACAUCGACACUGAGCCAGUUAACCUAACAAGCGUGUCUUUAGUAUGUGGGAGAAAACUCACUUUGACAAAAAGAGAACAUAUGUGACUGGCACUGACAAGUGAAGCCCGGUCUCUAGAGCGGCACGCUACCAGGUCUAAACUCUAUGCCACCCAAAAAAAAAAUGACCGCCAUUUUAAUAUUGCACAGCGUGAGUGAGUGUGUGUGUGUGUGUGUGUUUGCCUGUUUGUCACCUUCCCCUGAGUUGGGACCAAAUGCAUGUUAAAAACGGUGUAUUUGCUGUUAAACGACCCCCCUCCCUCCCCAGCAAGGAUCACAGGAGGACCCUCUACCGAAUAAGUUUACCAGGAUACAGUCACGCUCUCAAAGGGGUUAACUCUUUGCCUGGUUUGGCUGAUUGGUCACAACAUCUACAGGAAUAUUCCUGAUCCCAAAAAAAUAAGUAAAUAACCGAAACUCCUAGGAGUGAGCAGAAGUGCCCGGACAUGAAUGGCCAACUGCAUCGAGAUGCCAAACUAACAGAAGCUUAUUUUCGGUCCUCUCUGCUGUGAUUUGGACUUUUACAACAAUGGAGGUCGCACCCUGGAGUGCCUUAUUCCUCAUCAUGUCUCCUUUUAUUUAUUGUGUACUCGUAUUCUACAGUAUUUUGAAUGCAAUGCGGAGAAGCAGACGUUGUUACUACGUUUCCAGCGAGAUCGUCUCCUACGGAAGAUUCCACACAAGACGCCGAGAUGGGACUUUGCACUAUUUUCUGGCCAGUCUGCUUUGCUGGUUUUCCAAUGGGAGUGUGCAUGUGCAUUCCUCCUCCUCCUCCUCCUCCUUCAUCCUCCUGCGUUUUGUAAUUUCUUUGAUUUCUCGUCACCAAUCCCGAGACGCUCCUUGAAAUGCUCCAAGAAGUAUUUUUCAGAUCGUCUCUUGUGCUCUGUGACCUCUUCCCACAGGAUCAUGCGGGUCCGCUUUUUGCCUCGACAGACUUUAUAUCUUCAGUACCUGUGAUUUUGUUGCCCUUUACUUUUUUAUUUUUUUGGUCAAUGCAGUGUAUAUUUAAACAAACUGUGAUGAUAAUUUAGUGAAUAAAUGUUCUGAAGCAUC